AUGCGAAGAGUAUGGCUUACUAAAUCAUUUAUGCUUUUAAGUUUAUUUUUUCAAUAUCUCAUAGGACUAGUUAGUGCCGAGUUCAAUUAUGAAGGUUGCUAUAACGCCGAAGAUGUUCAGUCUGGCGGAUUAUCUCUCAAAAACUCAUAUCUAUAUCAAUCAGUUUCUUAUUGUCAAAAUGAAUGUCCUGGCUCUGCUGUGGUGGCAUUAUUCAAUGGAUCAGACUGUUAUUGCGGUAAUUCCGUAACCUUUUUGAACUCACUGACUAAAUCGACAGACUCGAAUUGUAAUUCUAAAUGCUCUGGCUGGCCCUACCAAAUGUGCGGCGGAUCAUCUUAUGUGAACGUGUACAUCAAUGCUGAGAUUUCUGUUUCAUCUAUUGAAUCUUCAUCUAGCAUAAAAACAUUUGAUCCUUCAUCAACUCAUUCAAGCACACUCGAACAAAUUUCCUCAAACCUCAAAAGAACAUCGUCAAGCACAAAGAGUUCCACCACUUCUUCUGUAUCUACCGCAACGACUUCUACCACUAUUUCUUCGUCCUUCAGUACGGCAACGUCUUCUGCGUCUACCACCACAUCAUCUACCACUUCUUAUACCUUUACGUCUAGCUCUUCUACUACCUCUACUUUUAGCUUUUCUACUACUUCCUCGACCUUUUCUGCCGUUUCAGCUUCGUCGCCUACCAUGGAAUCUUCCUCAUCUAAAAGUACUACGUUGAUUAGUCGUAUUUCUUCUUCCUCUUCCGCCCUGAUGUCAAGCUCUUCGAGCAGUAGCGCUUUACCAACUUCAACAAUGGCUUCAACGAUUUCCAGUACGUCGUCGAAAAUAUCAAUAGUUACCUCAGUUGAACUGAUAACUAGCAUGGUGACAAAAGCAGUUGUGAGUACUUCUGAUCAACACCAAGAAACAAUAUUUAUUACGACGACAUCAGUAGUAGAAAGAACAUCUGCGGUAGCUACGGCGGACUCCUUAAGUAAUAAAUCUAAUUCGAAUCACAAAAAGAGUCUCAGUGGUGGAGCAAUUGCGGGUAUUGUUAUUGGUGUUGUGAUUGGUGUGAUUUCUAUCAUUUUGAUUUUGCUUUUCCUACUAUGGAGAAGACGCAAAUCGGAGGAUCCAUUAGAUCUGGAAGAAACGAAACAUUAUCAACCCUACUCGUUUGGCGAUGCGGAUGCAAACCCAGUAAGACCACCUCCCCCUUCUGGUGCAGCAAACUGGAUGAGACAUUCAAGAGGUAAUACCGCGGGUUCUAUCGGCACGAGUAAUGUGUAUGGUUUAUCCUUGAGUAAUGGUGCGAAUUAUAGUAGUCCCAGUUCAAACACUAGUGGAAGCGUUGUUAACAACUUAUCAGGGUUGCAAGAUGCUACGGUCCAGACACAAAAUCUUCCAUCAACAGUAUUCGAAGAGGCAGAUACAUUGAAUAGUGCAAGCGAAAGGUUCAGUGCCAAUUCUCUACCUGACAUGAUGAUGAGCAGACCUUUGCAAGUGGUAAAUCCUGAUGAUCCUGAAUUGUCUAGUACCGCAUCUCAUCACCGAGCGUGA